AUGACGUCGCAGUUCUUUGAAGGCAGCACCGUCGUGCCUUCCAUGUUUACCGUCUCGAAAACAACAUCACCCACAACGACACCGCCCGAAUCGACAGAGAUUCGAACAGGCUGGAGAGAAAAGCCGGCAGCUCACCAGACGGUGAAUGGCGAGCCUCAUGAGAAUGGCGCGACGAAAUUUCGGAGAAAGCUCAGCUAUGGCUUCGCGUUCAUCUCAAACCCCCUCUCGCAGCGAAAGACGAUCUCAGCUCGCCAGCAGGUGAGUGUGCCGUUAUUGGCAGCUACCGAGCCCUCCGCGUCCGACAUUACUACCGGGGAGUCUAUCUGUGAACCUCCACUCUCACUAGUGCUGCCUUUUACGCCACCCAAACUCUCUAAUGGUGCGUCCGAACAGCCUGUGACAGUCCCGCUGAGCAGGACCUUGCCCAUGAGCACCGAUGUCGACGUCACACCCAAACCAUUACCCCGAUCGCGCACACUGAGCUUCAUUCCACUGCCCGUCAGGUCUGAGCCUAGCUCGUUCGUCGCAGACGUGGAGGGGGCAGUGAAAUCCAAAUCCAUCGCGGCAAUGCCUCGGCCAGAGCCUAACUCUGCACCUUCGAAGAUUCCUACACCCAGUCCGCCAUCGGUCGAGCGCCGCCGCUCUAAUUCACGUCUACAUGUCCAUCAACACGCUUCAUACCUUGCUUCCCAGCAGAUCAAACACAUCGCAACAGCGCACACGUUAGCAGCCGCCGAUAACGGUUCGCCGGUGAGGCAUUCAUAUCAAGUCCGCUCACGUACAACGCCCAAUCUAGCGAAGGACUCCAACCCGUCACAACCAGCGCGAUUUAUGGCCCCAAGACGACCAGGACCUAAGAGGACUGCGAAUGCUUCAAUAGCUCAGAAGCCAGUACUACAAGAGAAUAUACCUACAGAUAGGCGCAUCACGCACAGGCGGUCGCAAAUUCGGGAGAGAACGUUGAAGAGAGAGUCGUUGGCAGUGCCUGGUAUUUUGAACAACAGGAGAUCGUUUCGGCCAGGGCCACUAUUUCCCCAAAUUAGGGAGCCUAGCUUCGCGACCCCAUUGCCAGUAAGAAAACGGAUGAUUUCACAGUUCGCACAACGAACGCCAGUGACGGUCAAGCGAAUACAGCCGCAAGAAGAGACAAAGAUACAUACGCCGUCCUCACCACAGAUAUCGGAGGUCGCGGUUGUUCAGCCUCGCAACAUAGAUCAUUUAAGAUCAACCCCAGAGACAACCAAGCUUGUCGAGUCAGUCAUACCCCGGCCACACACGGAUAGAGACCUGCAAAGAAAGACACUGGGUACACCCAAUGGUUUGGGCGGCGUAUGGCGGUCGUCACGCGCUUUGGCAUUGACGACACAUGAGGUGAGGAAACUUCCACGUUCUUGUACUUUCCACAACUUUGGAGCCGGACGAGAAGUUGCUCCACCAGUGCCUCAAAUUCCAGAGCAGUACAGAACAGUAUCUUUUCCAAAUUUGAUCCAACCAGUGCGCAUGGACCAGAAGGAUACCAAUCGGUUUCACCAGGAUUAUAUCGUAUCCGACACGAACUCCUGCAAGUCGAUUCUCGAAGAGACCGAGGAUGAGAAGAACACUACUCCCGACUAUCCGCCUUACCAUCCUGGAAGAGAGCUCAUAGCGUCUGUAGAAUCUAGCGGAUCUAGUGCCAAUUUUGCGGCGUUCCCCUCAGUACCAACCACAGUACCAGAGACUGCGAGAAACACGUCGGGUUCUUCAUCAACCAGGCCAUGGAGUAUCUCGGAAGAAGGAAAGUUGAAAGUUGCUGACAUUGAGAAGGUCAAAGACUACAUGCCACCGCUUUACUGGGCCGGACGUUUCCAAGCCCGAUACGAUAAGUGGCGUACCGAUGCAAUGGACGCCGAACUGAAUCCAGACUACCAACCAGAUGGCCUCUUGGGACAAUGUAAAUUGAACCAAGAGAAACUCGCAGCGUGCUACAUACUCGGACAACUGCGCGACCUGUGUACUUCUGAUCAAGCAGCGGAUAGUCUAUGGGAGUUUGAUUACAAAUAUCGAAAAGACAACAAACUCCUUGGCAACCCACUCGAUAUCCCGCCGAUGUCGCUUCGUAAACAAGAAGAGAAUGCGACAUCAGCGGGGACGAGAGCGGAAACUGGGCCGUUUGGACGGGCUAUCAGGAAGUUGACUCCGAGAAAAGCUAGUCUGGUCAAUUUGAUGAAGGGCAAGGGUUGGAACAAAUCUGAUGAGGCGAAAAGUGAGGAUGUAGCACAAAGGAAUCAGGAGACGGAGUCGGAGUGCUCGUGA